CUUUUAUAUUUCAUCGGUAAUGUCAGAUUAGUACAUUCCAUUUUAGAGUCUUUAGUUGGCUUGUGGUCAGUGAUGUAAGAAAUUUAAAAUAAUACCAACCAACAGAGAAGUCUCAUGGCACCUUACUGGUUUCUUGGAGAUGAGUAUGAUUCCUGAGCAUGUUUUGGUUGUUUGCAUCCAUGCUCUUUCUAUCACAAUAAAAGAGAGAUAGUUUCCUCAGAUGACAGAUGUAACACAGUAUGGGUGUCAUAAUUACCUAUACCAAUUUCUUUUACAUAUUCGUCACCUUUAAUACUAUGUAUUCAGUCACAUUGGGACAUUUAUUUGCUUUGUAUGUUAAUAUGUAGUGUAAUAAGGUCAAAUUAAUUUACAUUAUUAGAAAUUGAAGUGAAUGACAUAUACAGCUAAUUAUAAACAAACUAUUACAUCAUUAGGCAUAAAUGGCAGUAAUUAACUACCACAAGGUGGACUUGAAUAAUAUUAUCAGAUAUGCGCAUGACAAAUCCAAAUAUCUUUUAUGCAUUGUUUACAAUAUUGUUGAUGUGAUGGUCUAAAUGUAGUUUAGAGUCAAGCUGUUUGCCAAGAUCACGGACACUACACAUUUAGCUAGGUUUGAACUGCAAAGGGAAUAUUGGGAGGUAAUAAUAUUUAUUUUUUUAGAAAACGUUAUAGAGUGGCACUUGGGAAUGCUCAGAAACAAUUUAUUUAUGUUGCAAUUAUCGGUGAGUCUAUUUAAGUCCUUUUUCAAGAGAAUAGUAUCAGAAGGAUUUAAUAUGGUUUUAUAUUUCUUUAGGUCGUCUGCAUAAAGUUAGAAUUUUGAAUUUAGGAAACAUGUGUGAAUAUCAUUAAUAAAUAGAACGAAUAGAAAAGGUCCUAAAAUGGAUCCCUGAGGAACACCGGAUGUUACAUCGGUGGUGUGAUGUGGAUGAUUGAUAUCAAUGAUAAUGCAGGACUUUCAAACUAUUAUUGAUCGAGUAACAGGCACGUUAAAUUAAUGCAUGAUCGUUUAUCAGGUGAUUGACGUGAGUAGAACUAGUCCAGAAAGUGUGGUGAAGUGGUUGCCGAGUCGAUGUCGCGUGCUGGUGGCCGGAGGGGACGGCACUAUAGCCUGGGUGUUGAACGCUCUUCACACCGCGUCACAUAUCAAGGCAAAAGUUGGGAUCAUGCCGAUGGGGACUGGUAACGAUCUGUCGCGAGCAUUAGGCUGGGGAGCAAGCUGCGCCUCCGUGUUGGACGCACACGCAACCAUUGCUUCCUUGCUCGAUGCCGUAGAACAACCGAUAGAUAGAUGGAAGGUGAGCAUAGUCCCGAAGCGGCGUCUCGGGCGCCUGCGACGCGAGCGCGUACUGUUCGCGUACAACUACGCUAGCGUUGGCGUGGACGCCCAGGUCGCGCUCGACUUCCACUACGCGCGCUCGCAGUUCCUCUACAAGUUCGCGAGCCGAACGCUCAACUACAUGGCAUACGCCGUGCUGGGCGCGGGGCGAGUGUUGGACGCGGGCCGCUGCGGCGACCUGGAGCGGCGCGUGCGCGUGUGGACUCCCGCCGCGCUGGCGCUGCCGCCGCUGCAGGCUCUCGUCGCGCUCAACAUACCCUCGUGGGGCGCCGGCGUCGACCUCUGGAGUAUGGGCAGUGAAGAAGUACCCGCUCAGAGUAUUUGUGACGGAAAACUAGAGGUAGUGGGGAUAUCGUCGUCUUUCCAUAUUGCAAGGCUCCAGUGUGGACUCGCCGAGCCGUACCGUUUUACGCAAGCAUCUACGCUAAAGAUCGAGUUGGAUGGUAGAUGUGCAAUGCAAGUCGAUGGAGAGCCGUGGAUGCAGGACCCGGCCACCAUUCACAUUGAGCACGCGGGCCAGAGUCUAUUGCUCAAGCCACGCGAACGUCACGAUUGAGAGUGACUCAAAUUUACAACUACCCUCAAUCAGUAAUUUUAUUAGCUAACGUCCUAUUAUUUUAUAAUACCAAAGAUACUUAAAAAUAAAUAAAUUAUGAUAUAUGUAUA